GGGGUGAGGAGCGGGGGCCGCGCGGUGCGCACGACUCGGCCGCGAGCCGCAGGCCGUCGGCGGCGGAGCGGGGGCUGUAACUUGACACCGGAGCGAGAGGCCGAGCGGAGAGAGGGAGCGAGAGAGCGGCGGCGGAGGAGGAGGAGAGGAGCCCCAAGGAGCGGGAUGGUGACCACCUUCUUCCCCUCCCCUUAGCGGCGCUUCGCAGCAGCCGCCGCCGCAGCGCCGGGACUCUCGCCUGCACGGGGCCGGGGGAAGCCGGCGAUGGGGACGGGACGGGCCCCCUGAGUCACCGCGAACUUUCCCCGCCGCGGGCAGCCGGAGCCGAGCAGGCGGAUGGAGGAUGCGCCCAGCCCGGCGGGCUGCGUGAGCCGGCGGCGGGGGUAGCAUGAAGAAGCAGCAGCAGCACGGCGGCGGCGGGGACUGCCCGGCGCUCCGGCCCCCCGCGGCGGUGGCGGCGGCAGGGGGCCCGAGCCAGGGCGGGGGCUGGAAGCGGCGGCGGCCCCUCUCGCUGCUGCCCUUCCUCUCUCUGCGCGACUACGGCUUCUGCAUGGCCGCCCUGCUGCUCUUCUGCGUGGGCUCCCUCUUUUACCAGCUCAACGGGGGACCCCCGCACUUUCUGCUGGACCUGCGGCACUAUCUGGGAAAUUCCACUUAUUUGGAUGACCACGGACCACCCCCUCAAAAGGUACUUCCUUUCCCCAGCCAGGUGGUCUACAACAGAGUUGGAAAGUGUGGGAGUAGAACUGUGGUUUUGCUUUUGAGAAUUUUAUCAGAGAAACAUGGAUUCAACCUGGUAACAUCUGACAUUCACAACAAAACAAGACUGACCAAAAACGAACAGAUGGAAUUGAUUAAAAACAUAAGCACUGCUGAGCAGCCCUAUUUAUUCACUAGACACGUUCAUUUCCUCAACUUCUCAAGGUUUGGAGGAGACCAGCCGGUGUACAUCAAUAUUAUUAGAGAUCCUGUCAAUCGGUUUCUAUCCAAUUAUUUUUUCCGACGUUUCGGAGACUGGAGAGGAGAACAGAAUCACAUGAUCCGUACCCCCAGCAUGAGGCAGGAGGAAAGAUAUCUGGACAUUAAUGUGUGUAUCCUUGAAAACUACCCUGAAUGUUCCAAUCCCAGGUUAUUUUAUAUCAUACCCUAUUUCUGUGGACAGCAUCCAAGAUGCAGGGAACCUGGUGAAUGGGCCCUUGAAAGAGCAAAGCUGAACGUUAAUGAAAACUUCCUGCUUGUGGGGAUUCUGGAGGAGUUGGAGGAUGUGCUGCUUUUAUUAGAAAGAUUCUUACCUCAUUAUUUCAAGGAUGUCCUCAGCAUCUACAAAAACCCAGAACAUAGGAAACUUGGCAAUCUGACUGUAACAGUGAAAAAGACCGUCCCCUCUCCAGAAGCAAUACAGAUCCUCUACCAACGUAUGAGAUACGAAUACGAGUUUUAUUACUAUGUCAAAGAACAGUUCCACCUCCUAAAGCGCAAGUUUGGACUGAAGUCUCGUAUCAGGAAGCCACGUCCCAGACCUGAGUUCUUCAUUCCUUCUCCCCUGGAAACAGAGGAACCAAUAGACGAUGAGGAAGAAGAUGACGAAAAGUGGCUAGAGGAUAUCUAUAAAAGGUGAUGGAUGGAAGAGCUAUCCUUUCUCUUCUGGUGACCCCUCAAGCUUUCUUAAGAUUGUUUAAUUAUUAUGAAAAGUAAUUCUUUAAGAAACUGAGUUAAUGCGCAGCAGCAUUUAAAACAGAACGAAACACAAUGUUCCCACGUGUUGGGGCAAUGGGGAGAUACCUGGUUUUGUAGGUUUGAUGUUACUAUACUGUGUUGGCUCCGUAGAUUUCUUGCUGUAGGGUAAUUCAAGAGAGAAUUAUCUGUUGUCUAUCACAAAAUAACUUUUGGAGUAUACCACAGUCCUCUGGCCAUCUGCAAAACAUGAAAUAUGUCACGCAGUAUUGCAAAGUGGAUUUUACAGAUUCUCAUCUCUCUCUUUCUCCAGAAACAAGUUGUCAUUGCAUAAUACUGUGGCAUUAACCACCAGAAAUGAGAAGGCAGUAAGCCAUUUUGGGAAGAGUGCCUCUCUGCCCCGAGAGCACUGGUAUUCAUUCCAGUGAUGCAGUCAGAGCUUUUGCCGUGUGUUCACAUAGGAUAACAGACUCAAAGUUUGGUUAGAUAAUGGCUCCUGAAUUUCUCAGUGUGGGAGGAGUGAGUCUACUAUUCUGGCAAAUUAAUGUGAGUGGACAUAAGGCAAGUUACAGAAGCUAGAUAUUUUUGGUAAGCCCUUCUAAUUCAUACAGUAAAAAAAGUUACCAAGUCAGUGAAUGGCAAGAAUGGAUGAAUAAUUUGAAGAGUUGGACAGGUGAUGUAAACUGGAGUUUUAUUUCUUGCAGCGAUGUACAAUUCUAUUAGACCCUGAAGGAAAAGAUGCAGUACAUGGUUUUUAUGUUCAGGAAGAGUAUUUGUAGAUUUUUUUUUUCAUUAUGGACCAGAAAUCCAAAGACAUAUAGAAAAAAAAGUCACUCAGUGAAAAAAACUUAAGAGAUGGAGCUCUGAUUCAGUAUAAGCGUUAUUUCUGUGGUCACAGAAUUUAAUCAUUCUUGUAUGAAGCAGAGCACAGCUGCCCCUACAGGCAUCUGCUUUUGGUAUGGCUAGAAAUGAAAUUAAUAGUAAGGAUACACACAACCUCUCUAGUUGAAAUACUUCAGAAUUAUAAAACAAAGAAGAAGCUUUGUAAAAUUGUCAGCUCAGUGAUGCAUUGUUGCGAGAUGCACUUUGAAAGUCUGCCCAUGUUGGUCCGUGCAACUAGUACUAUCAGACUGUAGGAAGUGGAGCAGUGGAGGCUGAGAUCAGAAAUGGGAGUAGCUCCCACGUGCAGUGUCUUCAAGAUAGGUGUCCUGAGGCUCCUGGUGAUGUGCAGCUCAGUGACUGCUCAGCAUCUGACUGGGCUGGUAGCACACAGUCGACAUGAAUGGACAGAACCCAGUAGUGCUAGGGUUUUUCAAUGAGGCCUUAGGCUUUUAUGCAUGCUUUUGCUCAGAGGAAGCUAACCCAUAGAAGAUAAUAGCAAUAAGCUCCUGUUCCAGAGCACAGGAAAGCCGCUCCUUGCCAGGAUAAGUCCCAUUCAGUCACACUUCAGGAGUAACACUGCUGUGUCUAACUCACUCGUGUCUUCUCAAACAUCUGCUGGGCAAUUUCGGCUUCCUAUUCUACAGCUGCUCUACCGCGGUGUGAUUUCUGUCUGCAAGGUCACCCUUCGGUGUGAACUAAGAGGCAAAAGUUAUCUUGUGAUGGAUGAGGCAAUAUAAACUCAGGCUAAGCUCAGAUGUGUUUUUUCAAGAGUUUCCUAUGCCACAAUCCUGCUGAGAGCCAAUACCAAUUACGACCUGUUUCCAUCACCAGUACGUCUUUACUGUACCUACAUACAGAGAAUGAAAAUAAAGAAGUGUAAUCAUGUUAAGAAAAGGUGUUUAUUUACAGAAAAUGCUACAUAGAAAACUCUAUUCUCAUUAACGUCCCAAGUUGGUGGUAGAAAUACGCUACCAUAAGGGAGUACAUUAAAGAAAGCUGAAAGUGGCGUGGAUAACAACUAACCUAUUAGCUAAAAUAUGAAUCUGCUGCAUUGUAUAUUUUAAGUGGUUUCUAUGAAAUUACAUUGAAAGAGUAAUGAUUAGUUUACACACUGUGGAAUUGUUAUAUUUUGGAAAGAAAAUUAAUAUUCUCACCUCUCAGAAGUUCCAUUUGACACUUUUUGCCAACGCUGUAACAGAAUAAUCAGUCACUUAACACAUUCCUGCAAGUUCACUGCCGCUUACUGUUAAGUCUAUUUUUAUCUGUUUAUUUAAUGGCAUCUUCAGCCAUCACUACUUAUAACCUAAAUACAAAAACUGUUAAACAAUUUACUUGCUAGGUUUUAAUGUUGUUGUAUUUUUCAUAACAAUUAACCUGGCCUCUCCUCCUUGAAUGGUACUUCAUGAAUUUAUCUGGCACACAGCAUCUAAGAUUCCUGAUCCUACAGCUUACUUGUCUGUCAUUAAAUACAUUUUACGUAAUUGUUAAAAGGUACGUGUGAAGCUGGUUAAUCUUUGACUUAUUUAUUGAAACUUUUCGACACAUUCCAAAUUUUAAGUUGCUCAGGAAGAAGUUGAUUUAAAAGAUUAUAUUUUGAUCUGAUUAAUGUUUCUUAUUCGAAGAAAAACAUUGUUUUUAAUGCUUUAGCCCACAACAGCUUUGUAGGAAGUACCAUGCAUGUACUUGUAAAUCUUUGUUGGGGGAAAAAGGUGGGUGCUUGACAUUUAUGAAAAUAAGAAAAUAUAUGUGUACUUCAGCUUAGCUAUAAAUGAAAGCAAGUAUGUUUUGGGAUGAAAUAUUCCUUAACUUAUUCACUACCAUCUCCUGAAAUAUAAAUAAGCCAUAUGAUUCUAUUUUUCAGUCCAGCAAUGGUUAAAAAUAAAACUUGUGCAUUUCUUCUUA